AUGAGAUUUUGGCAUAACCUCCGCCAAUCGGCGCUACAAAGUCUUCGGCCUGUCUAUGAUAAGCUACACGAUGAAGAGCGACUGGGACCAGAGCUCGACCCCGGAAGUCGCCAGCAACAGGAGACCCCGAAGAAAGCAGCCAUAUAUCGUAUCAUCCUGCUGGUAAACUUGGUCAUGUUCGGGCUACUGCUGCGCAAGCUUGAGCCUCUUAUAACUCUGUUGCGUUGCAAUGAGCGUCUCUUUAGCCCUCACGUCUUCCUGCCGACCCCUGAAACAUUACAUUAUAAUAACGAAACAUUCCAACAAAAUCGAAUCCCGUUGAUUCUUCAUCAAACUACCGCGACGAAGGAGAUUCCCGACCGUUGGGUCCAGUCCCAAGAGACCUGCAAAAAAGCUUACUCAGAGUUUGAAUACAAGCUAUGGACCGAUCAAUCUGCUCGUGACUUCUUAUCUGAGUACUACUCAUGGUUCGUCCCCACCUGGGACAGCUAUGCAUUCCCCAUCCAGCGGGCCGACGCAAUACGAUAUUUUGUUUUAUAUCAUUAUGGUGGUAUCUAUCUAGACAUGGACACAAGAUGCAAUAACACUUUGCCAGCUCAGAUGAUGGGGUCGGAUCAGGUGAAAGACUAUGCUCUUUUCAAGCCUACACGGCCAACUGGCGUUACUAAUGAUUUGUUGGUCGCCUCUCCGAAACACCCAAUCUAUAAAUUGGCGAUUUCUAAAUUGCCCGCCUUCCACUCAAUCACUCGGAGUUGGGCCCGAUUGCAACCAUACUGUGCCAUCAUGAUAUCUGCCGGGCCAUUGUUCUUGACAAUGGUAGUAAAAGAGUAUCUUCUAGAACAACACUCACUGCCUUCGAACACUAUAGGAGUCGUUGAAGAAGCCACCCUGAGUCCUUAUAUCACUGACCUCCAAAGUGGCACCUGGCAUCGAGCUGAUGCGAAAAUUUUAAUGUGGAUGGGAGAGCGACCGUGGGUAUGGUUUGCUUUAGGUACAUUGGUUCUUGUGGCUGGUCUUUACGUUAUCGAUCGGCUUAUGCUCCUUGUCUACGCUCGCUUUCGAGGCUUUCCGUCCGAGUUCUCUAUCAAGUCGAACAAGAAAGCCUAG